CAACAAAAAGGACCGACUGAUUUGUUGUUGUUAGUUGUUGUUAUGCAAGUUGUAAUUUCAUUUUUUUAUCAUCAGAUUCGAAUUUUUCAAUAUAUAUUUUUGCGGUUGAAGAAAAACAUUAUAAAUUGCAUUUCGGAUAAUGACAUUGUGCAUCAAUUAUGUGAUUCUGUGAACUAAAAAAAUCUUUAUGAAUAUGACGAUUGAGGCCUGGGCUAGUUCAUCCGUCCAGUACUGCUAAACCAUCCGCGGGGUUUCCCUUCGAGGUUGUGUCCUCAACGGACCCGAUUUGUUUACACAGGGCCUAGGAUUCUUUCGGAUUCUGGGUGAUUGAUUCACAAUUAUGACAGUUACAAACAUUGUACCUGCUAGGUUCCUUUGUCUCAUCUCACAUCUGGUUGUCGCCAUAACAAUUUUAUGGGCAAGGGAUGCCAAUGUGAUUGCAAGUAUCCCCGCAGAUUAUACUCAGGAUGAAUAUGACGAUAAGGACGUCAGUCUGAUUGUAGGUCUUGUUUUCACGCUGUUCUUCAUCGGUCUGGAGCUGGUAGGAUUCAUGUCUGGCGUGUCCAUGUUUAGCAAUUUCGCCAACUUAAUCUCCAUCGGUGCGCAUGCAAGUGGCUCGGCUGCGUUCAGUCAUUUCCUCUUUGAAGAGUGGCCGAUAUACAGGCUUUGGUGCAUUAUAAUAUUUUGCAGUGUUGUUCCUGCCUUUAUUGAGAUGGUUAUCAUAAUAUCAGUUGCUUGCUUGAAAAGAACGUGAAAACGGAAGAAUCGAAAACAGAAAAUAUUUUGUGCACAGUAAGAUGGUACGUCUAGACACUACAGGCAAUCACAAAGCGAGAGAGCCCAGACUGCUUAUAAUUUCAGUAUGCACUAGACUGCUUUUUUGCUGCCUUAUGAAGUGAAUACAAUGAAACUACUACUUUGAAAGCAACAGAUUUUUAGAGAGGAACAAAAAUUGACCAAUAAGUGUAAUUCUAACUGCGUGUGUCACUUGAUAUAAACAAUAAUUUUAAUACACAACAUAGGCCUUCAAAUAGGUACAGCCUUUUGGAAUCAUCUAAAUUUGUAGGAAGCUAUAAGUAACAGUUCUUCAUCUUUACCUUAAAUAUUAGUUUAUUAGUUGAUGGGGGUAUUUUUUACACUCCGCAUCACAUCACAGUUUACUAUUUUCAGACAAUUCCGAAGGCCGCCUUAAGUCUUAGGCCUAGCUAUGCCUAGUAUUAUUAUGUUGUGUGUGUUAAAUUAUUGUUUAUAUAGUCUGUAUGAUGAUAUAGAAAAGCUUAAAGUUGAAGAGGAAUGGACUUUGUACUUAUUUCUGUACCAAAAGUAAAUUACUUGAGACUAUUUGUGGCAAUUUCAUCUUGAGUAUAUAAUUUUAUAAACAAAAUAAUUUAUAAUCAAGCCUGUAACCAGGAAAGUGGCGGAUUCAAGGGGGUUGGAGAAGAAAAAAAAUAAAAUUAUAUUCAAAUUUUAUGUCUGAGAGUGCCAUUUCCGGCCAUCUAGAGGUGACAUAAUCAUAAAUUUUAGCACCUCGACCCCCAACCAUGGUCGUAUAGACCCUCCAUUUGUCAAAGUCUGUCCCUGGGCUCCCUCUAUUUCAUCGUCCUGGAUACGCCACUGCAGGACUUCUUAAGGGAAGGGUUUACCAAAAAGCCAGGGGGUCAAAUGUGUGGAUAUCCACCCCUUUUCCACUCCCUGGUGGGUCAUUGAAAGA